AUGGCAUUUAACGACCUUACGGCGCAAGAGCUGGAAAUUCUCUCGUCCAAGGCCAUUGCGGCCAAGGCCUCUGCUUAUUGUCCAUAUUCGAAGUUUCGUGUUGGAGCAUGUGUCCUCACCAAGACGGGUGAGUUCAUCAUGGGUGCCAAUGUCGAGAAUGUGUCGUAUCCUGUUGGGAUAUGUGCUGAAAGAGUGGCAUUUGGUACCGCCGUAGCUGGUGGAUAUCAAGAGUUCAAGGCGGUCGCCGUGGCCACUGAUAUCACUCCUGGCGCAUCCCCUUGUGGUAUGUGCAGACAAUUCAUGCGUGAAUUCACGUCUCCAUCAUUCCCAGUUUUCAUGUAUGACGGGCAAGGGAAUUAUGUUGUGAGAACAAUGGGUGAGGCAAGUAGUCCUUCUGACACUCCGUCUCGUUUGAUUCAAGGUUGA